AUGACAAGUCCUGGCAUAAAUAAACAACUUGGGAAUCAUAUAAUAGAUUUUUUAAAUUGUCCAGACAGGAGAAUGAAGGAAACUUUUGAAAGUGAGUUAGCGCAAAAAAAUGGAAUUACAAGAUUGGAAAUAACUAUUUAUAAUUAUACUAAUAAGCAUUUAACUGCAAAAGAAAAGUAUGAUUUAAGAGAACAUUGUAUGGGCAUUUUGGAAAAAAAUAAAUCAUAUUUUCCUAUAGCUCCUUUUUAUUUUGUUCCAAUCUCCAUAAUGUGGAAAAAACUGACAAACACUUUGGAGAAUAGCUGUUGUAUUGUAGAUAACACAUCAAAACGAUUAAAUUAUGUUUAUUGGGCAAAUAAUAACACCAACAAAUUAACUGGAAUUAAUAUUAAGUUAUCUAAAGAAGUUAGUAAACGAGAAAAAGUACAAUUAGUAAAAUAA